AGAAAGGAAAACCAAGGUGAUGGUGCUUCUAGUUGGGAUCGUCUUGUUUCUUCUCUCUCGUCCUCCGUCCACGUCGUCCGAUGAAACAGAGUUCCAACUGGCGUACGGUCACGUGCUGGCUCAGAAACUCCCCCUCUCUCACUCCACGCCUCCUCCUAGCGACGUUUCAGAUGCUGUGCAGAUAGCCCAGAAAGUGGUACAGGCCGAAACAGGAGCUUCAACUGAAGUUCAGGACUUUAGCAAAUCAAGAUUGUAUUACACAGCUAAUGGUGUCACUCCGUAUGUGUUGGAGCAGAAAUUCAUCAUCUCCUUGCAAACAUACAUUCAAAGGAUGCAUAUACUGCUCGGAUUUCUGUACACAAUCUCCUUGAAAAGGACAGAGGGCCAAAAGCUGCACCACAGGCUGACUCUAACUAGAGAUCUCAAUAAUGACUAUCACGUAUUCAGCCACAUAUCCUCCACACGUCCGCAACUUCAUCUGAGUUCGUGUUUCUCUAGUUUGUCGGACUCACGUGUUGACACACACACUGCGACCUGUGCUAAUGCAUACCAUAAACAAAACGGGUACUGUUGGGAUAUUUGUCGUCAUGGAGCUAACCAGUGUUCUGCAUGCACUGGACAAGAAGAUGUUUCUCAUGCCUUUCACUGGGAAAAGCAGUCUGAAAGGCAGCUUCUUGGAAACCAGUGUCUACAAACUGGCGAGUGGACCGUAACAAAUGAGUGUUGUUCCCGCCAUUGCAACGGCACUCUGUGUUGCCGAGAAUCGCCGCCCGGUCGCCAAUCUCUCAGACUAGCAACGUACAACGUGUGGAAUCUGAAUAGUUUUGAAUGGGAGAGUUACUCGGAAAGACUCUGGAGGCUUGGAAAGAUGCUGCAAGCUCAGGACCUGGAUAUUCUAGCUGUACAAGAGGUGCGGUUUGAGGCUGGUGACCACACCCACAAUCAGAUCGGAGAACUGGCUAGAUUUCUACCAGACUACCAGGUAACACCUCAGUCGCCCGUCUCACACUCUAGCUCAUUCGCAGAGUGAUUUCUGCUCUCUGUGCACCACCCUUCUCUGCUGCGGUCUCAGGCAAACCUUUUGAGCCUAAAUGGCCAUUUGUAGGUGCCAAGUCGCUACUGGUGCAAGCAUUGACAUACUCAGUACUCACAGCGCAAGAUAUAUGGCCACAGGGCUUUGUGUAGUUGACGAAAUUGGCACUGGCUCAUUAGGAUGUUAUUGCGUUAGCACAGGAUGAUGGAAAUGGAGUAAUUUGGACGAAGGGAAUUUCUUAGAUGAGCCUUCUGGCUAUUGCAUAUAUUGUUGCUCUCUUUGUUGUUUACAUGUUUGUUGUUGUUUACAGUAUGUAUUCCAGCCAGCAAUGCUGUACAUGGAGCGUAUCAACGUAAGAACAGAAGAGGGUGUAGCUAUCUUAUCUCGAUACCCCAUCCUCCGUCAUGACUAUAUCUUCUUGUAUCGGAAUGAAUCAGACGAGGAAGACACUCACCAGAGGAUCUGCCUCCAUGCAGAGAUCCUCACUCCCUCCCUGGACAAGGUGCAUGUCUUUGUCACUCAUCUCUCGCUCAGUGCGGCAUCACAAGAAAAGAGCGUUGUCGAGCUGUGGAAAUACAUGUCGAGAUUCAGUGGAUAUAAACUAUUGAUGGGGGAUCUUAAUGCUGAACCUGGUUCACCAGCCAUCAGAUUUCUAAGAGGCGAGGUGAAUAUAGAAAGAGUCUUUACCGACAGAUUGAGAGACACUUGGAUGGAAGCCGGCCACAAGAGCAAUCUCGACGGAUUAACGUUUUCAACCUUUACUGACCGCCCCACCAAGCGGAUUGAUUACAUCUUCCACCAACCACACUCCACUGAGCUCAGGGUCACCAGUGCCACCAUAAUGGACGACGGAGACCAUUGUUCUCCUCCAUGUUCCGACCACUACGGCGUUGUAGCUACAAUUGGUUGGUCUCCUCCAACUUGACCUAAUGGAGCAGUUCAUUCAUCAUCAUCAUUGCCAAGGAUCACUUAUACACCCAUGUACUGUAUCUCUAGCGACUAUAUACUCCAUACAACUCUCCAUUCAUUUCUACCUGAAAUUCAUCACGCUAUAGUAUUAGUCUAAGUAAGGGUCUUGGACUAGUUUGUUAUGAACGUCCAUGAGUCCUUUGAAGUAUUUGACAGUCUUGACGCGGAGUUCGAGGGUGGCGUCCUCGUCGCAGACAAACAGCGUCUUGGGAUGUUGCUGAAAGGCUGACACUGUCCACAUGUGGUUCAAUCCUUCUUCUAUGGCCUUGUAGAGAGCAAAGGCCUUGUGUGACCCAGUAAUAAGAAUCAUCACCUAGCGUCCAUGACAGUGCCAACGCCCACAGUGAGCGCCAUGGUAGGAACCUGACCCACAUUGCCGCCAAAGAAGCGGGCGUUGGCCUGGAUAGUGUCGACUGCCAGAGAUUUGAUCCUAGUCCGGGAAACGAGGGAGGAACCUGGUUCGUUAAAGGCUAUAUGGCCGUC